GCCCUUCUCUCGAUCCUUCACUACACCCUCAAAUCACAAAUCACUUCCUCAUGCAGGGUCCGCUUAUCCCCUUCUCCUUUCCCCGGAUAGAUCCUCAUGACUCACACUUAACAUCACCUCUCCCAAAUUCCCCUCUCCUUCCUCUACCCAACUACCCAACUAAACCAAAACCCCCAAAAAUGGACACCCAACACCCAAACCUCUCUUCCAUCCAAACAGAAAGGAUAUACCUCGAACCCCUAUCCCUAACCCAUCUCUCCGACUUCCACGAACUCUGGACAAGCGAAGAAGCUGUUAAAUGGUCGACCAGGUUAGUAAUGAAAAGCGUGGAAGAGAGUAAGGAGUUUAUGAAGAAAAUUUUGCCGAAUGAGGAGAAUCCCGAUAUUGAUAAAUUCGCAAUCCUCCUAAAAGACGUAGAAGAAACCCGUAAAUUAGGAGUGGCGGUAAAGAACGAGAAAGGCGAACCGAAAUGCAUCGGCAUCACAGGCACGAACCGGCCGUCGCCGCAGGGGCUGGAGACGGGGUAUUGUCUCAACGCUUCUUAUUGGAACCAUGGGUUCGCAACCGAAGCGUUUUCUUUGUUCCUUGGAUAUUAUUGGACACUGCCGCAAAGGAAAGACGUAAAAUGGCUGGUGGCGAAGACGGAUCCGGAGAAUAAGGCGAGUGAGAGGGUGUUGCAGAAAUGUGGCGGGAAGAGGGGUGAUGGGGUGGUGAAGUUGAAGCCGGCUUGGAAGAAUGAGGGGUGGGGGGAGGUGGAGAGGGAGGUUGUGUGUUGGAGGUUUGAUAGGCCGGGGGAGGAGAGUCUGUUUUGUUGAAAAUACCCUCCCCCUGAGACUUGAUCUUGGAAUUGAUAUAAAGAUGAGCACCGGACCUGACUUACAAUGGGAUUGGGAGAUAGUCUGGUGCGAACGAAGAGUUUGUGCAGGUUGGGAAGUCUGGGUUGUUGACAGAUAUUCUUUUUCGCUG